AUGGGCAUCCGUUGGGCAGAUUUUCGUUAUUGUCAAUUUGUGUUUUCCUAUGUUCGCUUCUUUGGCGAAGCUCACAAAAGCUCGUUUCUUCUGCAUCCAAGCAGGCUGUGGUGUGGGGAUGUAUUGACGCAAUUGUGCAGCAAAUCACACUACCUCACCCCAGCAUCUUUGGGACCUUGGUCCAGUGCAUUGCGAGACUGGGACCCAGAACAAGGCUCUCAGAACUGCCCCCUGCAGCGCUACGGAUCCGACUUGCAGCGAAUCACUCGUAGGGUUGGUGAGAGGUUGAAUAAACAGGACUGUCUGUUAAUGAUGGUCGACGAGAUAGGACAAAUGUGA